CCCCAGCCCACCCAGAGCGCCACCGGCACCGCAAUGUCCAGCGACGACGAGCUCCGCGGCCUCCUAGUACAGGAAGCCACCACCGCGAUCGUCUCCGGCGCCGAUCCCUCCCGCCCCUCGGCCCGAUCGGCCCACUUCCUCCUCCCCCGCGCGGGGGGCGCUCGCCUCCCCGCUCUGCCGUCCCCGCCCCGCAAUGCCGGCCCUGUUCUUGGCGACGAGCUCCCUGUGGAUUGGACGGCCUGUCCCGGCUCCUCGAAGCUGUGGAGGCGGUGGGUGGCCAGGCUCCGGCCGCGGCAUGAGCGCCUGUGGCGGAAGCUUGGGAUCUUGGACGCCGUCCUCGCGACCACCGGCUGGGUGCGGCGGGACGAGGGCCUGCUGCUGCAGCUCGCGGCUUUCUGGUCCGGCGACACCAACACGUUCGUCUUCCCGUGGGGAGAGGCCACGGUGACGCUGGAGGACAUGGCCGUGCUCGGGGGCCUGCCCCUGCUGGGCCGGCCGGUGUGGUCCCGGCUCCCGGACGAGCUCCGCGGCGACGUGGACGCGCUCGAAGCCGCCCGGAUCGCGCCCAACAGAUGCACGAACAAGAAACCCUCGUUUGCCCAGUGGGUUAAGCGAUUCGUGGAGCCGCCGACGGGGGAGGUCGCUGCCGCCGGCAGAGGAGAGGCCGAGGCGGCCACAUUGCUCGAGCACGGGGCGUUUCUGGCCAUGUGGUUGACCAGAUACGUGCUUCCGGCGCCGCCAUUCGACGUGGUCAGACCGGACGUGUUCCCCCUCGCCGCCGGACUGGCGCGCGGCAGGUGCUCGGCCCUCGCACCCGCCGUUCUUGCCAACAUCUACAAUGACCUCUCCGCACUCAGUCACCACUUAAGCUUGGGCACCACCCAUCAGCCGUUCGUGGCGAGUGCGCCACUGCACAUCCUCCAGCUAUGGGUCUGGGAGCGCUUCCCAGAGCUUCGUCCUGAGACACCAAACACUGCCUCCCACGGCGACGAUCAGGGCAUGCCGAGGGCUGUCAAGUGGCACAACAUCAGAAACCCGCUUGAUCCUGGGUACAUCCACGCCGUGCUCAUGUCCCCGGAGGAGUUCGAAUGGAGGCCUUAUGGAGGCAGUAGCUUUGCUCUGCCACAAGGCAAAGAUGGCAAAGAUGGCUGCUGGGUGCACUGCCAUGUUGUAGCAACAAGCAAGGAGCUGCAAUCCUUUGCGCAGUGUCUGCUACCUUGUGAACUCGUCGGCAUGCAAUGCAUCGAGCACUACUGUCCGCACCGCGUCGCAAGGCAGCUGGGCUUCGAUCAAGACGUGCCCGGGACUAUCCCCCGUGCCAAUUCAUGUCGAAAGACCGCGUGGGCGACAUACAGGAUGCGGCCUGAAGACGUUUCCUUUUUCGUUCCGCAACGUGAUCCGGGCAUGACGGUUGAAUAUGCACAAUGGUGGAAGCCUUACUCGUCAGCAUGUGCUGCUGCUGUUGCUAAUGCUGCAAGGAUGAAACAACUUCAUGCCGCAGUUAUUAGCCCAAGAACCAUGAAAGAUGAAGGGCUCCCUGCCCCUGCUGGUGUAGGAGAUGCGCAGGACUGCACCGAGUCGUCCAAAGAUAUCAUCAUGGUGCACAACAAUUGUGGUUAUGAGCUUGCUAAUAAUGUCCAAAGUGAUACCACUCCCAGUCAAGGAUCCACAGUUAAUAAAGUAACUCAUGUCACUAGUGUUGAUGUCUUUGUCUUAGAAGGAUCCAUUGAUGAUGAGGUGCAGACACACAAUGUCACAGAAAAGGAAGUUCAGAGAGCGAAGGUGGAUACAGAAAGCUCAGGUGUUUUGGAAGGAAACAAUGAUGAUGCAUCUUGUGAUGGUCUAGUAUAUGGAAACAGUGAAAUGGUCAAGAGAGUAAUUUCUACCAAAACACUCUACUAUCUUAGACCAUUCGAGUGGGUGAAAGAUGCCCAGGUCAGAGAUUCAAGAGCCACCAAUGCAGGUCAAGUGAUUCUCCAACCAGGACGGGAAGUCGGGACACCGGAAAUGAUUAGAGAGGCGUCUGAAGCUCGAGAAGCAGAAAAGGUUGAGUUGGAAACAAUAAUCACUCGUCUCAAGGAACAAGUUGUCGCGCUAGAGAUGCAGUUGCGGGACAGGACAACCUCUAAAAUUUGAGGUAUAACUUAACAUAAUAUCAUAACGGUAGCUUGGGUCUUUAGAAGACAUCUCCUGAUGAAGAGUGCCACAAUAUGGUGGGCUAGUCUUGCCGGUGAAAUGAUCUUCAUCAGAUAAUUGUGAGUGAAGAAACUGCAGCGCUUACACCCCAUUAGACUCUAAUUGUAUGUUCCUGGUUGCUUUUUCUGUAUGUUAACUUGUGAAAUUCAGGGGAAUACAUAACUGCUAGUUUGUUUGGUACUAGUAUAUAUAAACCCUAUGCAAUCUUCACAUUAAGCUGAG